CACCUACUGAUCUCUAGGCUAGGGUAUCCAGGAACUACUUGUCAGAGGAGUGAAGGGAAGGGGAGAGUGAAGGAGUCGAAGGCUAGACAGGUCGAUUUACUUGGCACCUGCAAUUCUUCGAGUGAAAACAUAAUAGACUACACGUAAUAUCAUCGUUUUACCCAGUUAUAUCAGAUUUUGUUUGAAAGCGUGCACUUUUGUCGAGUGGUGUCCAUUUUACCAAAACAAACUAUCGUAAUUAUUUUGAAGCAAGAAGGUUUGUAGUCUAUUUUUGCAGACCGAGUUCGACAUUGGACUAACAGGCUAUAUGCUUACAGGUGAUUUUCAGAGGUAUCGUGCAGGAUGUCUGACCGAUGUCCACUUUAGUGUAGAUAGUCAUUUUUGAACAUAGUCGAGGACACCGCAACCGCAAGUUGCCAUGAAGGACACUGGCGAAUCAAAGGACCACCAACUAACUGUGGCCCUGAGGAUCAGACCCCUUAGCGAUUCAGAGCGAGAAGAGAACGCCACCAUAGUGGCCCACAGAGUGGACGACCAGAUGGUGGUUCUGAUGGACCCCCUGGAAGACCCAGAUGACAUCCUGCGUGCCAACCGCUCCCGGGAGAAGACCUACAUGUUCGAUGUGGCGUUUGACUACUCAGCCAGCCAGGAGGAGGUGUAUAGAGCCACGACCAAGGGCCUGAUCGAAGGCCUCAUAUCUGGCUACAAUGCCACCGUUUUUGCCUACGGACCUACAGGUUGUGGGAAAACAUACACUAUGUUGGGAACAGACCGAGAGCCGGGGAUCUACGUGAGAACCCUAAAUGACCUAUUCAAAGCGAUCGAGGAGACGAGUGAUGACAUGCAAUACAACAUCUCCAUGUCCUACCUGGAGAUCUACAACGAGAUGAUCCGGGACCUUCUCAACCCGUCCUCUGGGUUCCUGGACCUCAGAGAAGACUCUAAAGGAGAGAUCCAGGUGGCAGGCAUCACAGAGGUCUCCACUAUCAAUGCCCGCGAGAUCAUGGAGCUGCUAAUGAAGGGCAACAAGCAGCGGACCCAGGAACCCACAGCGGCCAACCAGACAUCGUCCCGCUCCCAUGCUGUUCUACAGGUGGCAGUGCGGCAGACCAGCCGCAGUCGAGACCUUCUACAGGAGGUCCGCUUCGCGCGCCUCUUCAUGAUCGACCUCGCCGGCUCCGAACGAGCCUCCCAGACACAGAACCGGGGUCAGAGGUUAAAAGAAGGGGCUCACAUCAACCGCUCCCUCCUGGCUCUGGGUAACUGUAUCAACGCACUGAGUGAGAGACACGUUAACAAAUACGUCAACUACAGGGACAGCAAGCUGACCCGGCUGCUAAAGGACUCAUUGGGCGGCAACAGUCGCACGGUGAUGAUAGCCCACAUCAGCCCUGCUUCCCUGGCCUUCGAGGAGUCUCGCAACACGCUGAGCUACGCCGACCGCGCCAAAAAUAUCCGCACUCGGGUUAAGCGGAACAUGCUGAACGUAUCCUACCACAUCGCUCAGUACACCAACAUCAUCACCGACCUGCGCAGUGAGAUCCAGCGCCUCAAGAAGAAGAUUGCGGAUCAGGCUGGACGUCAGCUCAACUCUGACCGAGCUGAUAUCCGCCAUGUCCAAGCGGAAGUGCAGUCCCACAGCACGCAGGCGAGCCGGACAGAGAUGGACCAGCUGAGAGAACAGUUGCUAGAGGCCUUCAGGAGCCAGAUGGAGAUCAGGAAGAACCUGAUAGAGCUGGACAACAGCAACAUGGAGAUUCAGAUGGACACCUCAAAACACCUGCUCACCAUCACAGAUUGGGAGCAGGAGCGGAGUCAUCGUCGCAGGAAGUGGCGUGCAGAGAGGAAGAAGGAGAGCUUCAGUAAGGAGGAGAGUGAGAAGGACUCUGACUGCCCUGAGUCUCCUCCAGACAGCACAGAGACCCAGGAAGUAGCGAUGGCUAGAGAGAACCUGGUCACACUCAUGGCUGAGCAGAAGAAGAUACGCAAACAGAAGGCGUUGCUGGAGUGCCGCUUCGUGGAGCUGCGGGAGAGGGCCAGGCGUCUGGAGGAGUUGCUCCCACGCAGGGUGAGCUCAGAGGAGCAGAGAGAGGUGCUGGGCCUCCUCUGCAAGGUGCACGAGCUGGAGAUUGAGAAUGCAGAGAUGCAGUCCCACGCUCUGCUCAAAGACAACGUGAUCCGGCAGAAGAACUAUGUGGUGCAGAGAUUCGAGCAGCACCGCCACCUCUGUGAUGAGAUAAUCCAGCAACAGAGGCAGUUCAUCGACGACCACAGCCUCCUCGUGCCUCCCCACCUCCAGGAGCUGUAUGACAUUUACAUGAGAGAGCUGGAUGAGAGGAACCUGGACAGAGCCAUGGCCCUGGACAAGGUCACCGGACGCACACUGAAGAAGGGCUCCCUGCCCAAGAUCACCCUGCCCAACCGUGGUGGGGGGCCCCAGCAGGAUGUGGACUCUGACCAGGAGAGUGUCCGCACCAUGGGCUCAGAGACCAGGCACAGCCAGCCCAAGACCCGCAGACACACCCUGCCCCCCAUCCUACCUGAGGGAGACAACAACCGGGUGUUUAAGAGCAGCCCCCACGCCAGAAAUUUGAAACACUCUACCGUGAUGACCCCACCUCCCAUCCACAUUAACGGCCAGGGGAACAGAGAGCUGCAGCCGUUGGCCAACGAGAGUAUUCUGAGCUACAGCCAUCUCAGCCACAGUGUCAGCAGUCAACUGGACUCCUCCCCUGAGAGCAGCGAGACAGGCCAGGACGUCCCCCUCACACGUAAAGAGAGGCAGCAGAUCCUUAAAGGGGUCCACAACAUUGCAGUGAAGGCUGCUCGUCGCCGCUCCAAGGCCCUGGAAGUGGACGCCCUUCGGCUCCCCCCUCCUCCAUCCCCUCUGGACCACAAGAAGCACAAGGACAGCCUGUCUCUCAGUGAGGCGCCCCCUAGGGGCCUGGCCCUGCUCCGUUGUCGGCAGCCCAGCCCUGAGCUCCGCCACGCCACCUCAGAUGAGAACCUGUCCAGCAGCACGGGGGAGGGGCCUGGCUCCCAGGGCAUCUGGACACGCCCACGCAAUCGCCAGCCAGCCCCCAAGAACCCAAACGCCACAUCCCGCGAGCAGGACUUUGAGGCUCGGCGCCGGAAGAGACGCUCACGCUCGUUUGAGGUCACAGGCCAAGCACUGUCUCAGUCUAAGGCCACAGCCACGCCGCGUUUACGUCCUCUGGACAGCACAUCGGACCCUCACCUCCACAUCAACGGCCUGCCUCAAGCGCCCCUUCAACGGCCACAACACAGGGGCGUCCCACCUCUCACCAAGGCCCGGUUGCCCCAGAACAACCACCAAACAGGCCCCAUCAUCUCAGAGUCCCCGCCAGCCAACGCCCCCUUGGGCCAGCUGAAGCGUGCGUCCCAGCUGCGCCAGCCCCUGCUCUACAUCACCUCCAAUGGUUCUGGGGCACAACGUGUACGGAGGCACUGAAGACCUACACCCAUUACUACUCCAGGGUGGUGUAAAUUAGGGCAUUAAGAAUGUUUUUUUUUUAUAGUUUUUUAUGUGCAUUUAAAAAAAGAAAGUAAAACAAACAUGUAUUAUUCAAUUUGGGGCAUAAUUAACUUGACCCAGGGUUUCCUUGCACAGAAUCCCCUAACACCAACGCUAACCUGACCAGCUGGCACAGUUCAUAUGGACGGGACUAAACUGCACCAAAGAUGUACAUAUCAGACAAAAUCUGGACACACCCAUUCAAAUGAAUUGGUAAAUGUCUGAAAGCUUUUGACUGGUACUGUAUAUUUUGAGAGUAUAGCCUUCUACAAUGGACACCAUGUUAGCCCCUUUAGGCGUGUUCACACUGCACCUCAUCUCAGUGUUAACUGCCUUCUUAGCCCAGGGCAACUGUUCACACUUGCACAUUUUGAAUUACUAGCAGGUUUUUCACCAAAUGUUAGGGUCUAGCCCCAGAGACACCCUGGCAAAAUAUGCAGUGUGAAACAGGACCAAAAACAAAGCAUAAAAGGUUUACUCUCAAGUCAAAUCAAAUACAAUGUGAUAUGGUAUUUUGUUGUAUUUGUCCAUCAGCCCAAUGCUUAAAAAUACAAAUGAAUCUUUAUCCCAGGGUUACGACACUGGUGUUAACAUACGCUGAGCUAGCUUACGGACAGUCUUUGGUUGGGACUAAGUUAACCAAUUGCUAAGAACACUGCAGUGUGAAAAGGCCUCUUGAGUAUUCUAUUCAUCCAUUCAGUGCUAUCAUUCGGAAUGUUGUACAAAGCAUCCUUACAAUUCAAACAAAAUUUGUAUACCAAUAUCAAAAAUUUUCAUAUUUUUUCUUUCUUACUGCAAUACCAAAGAUGACUCUUCUGUCCUAAAUGGCACCCAACUUCUAUAGUGCUGUACUUGAUAGUGUUUUACUUUUGACCUGGAUCUGAAUCAGCCAGUGCUUACACAGGCUACAUCCCACUGCUUUCAUACAAUACUUAUCUUGGUGAAGUGUUGAUGAAGCCUCGAUGUUACAUCAAGCUAAUGAGGAGAGAAUGUAGAUUUUGUCUGUUGUGGUUCAAUUCAACCGACAUAACAAAGGGGUGAAUGAAAAUGCUAGCUGGCACUUGUAAAGGAUGGAGAAACCUGCUAGCCUGGGCACAGAUCUUGCCAAUUUCAUUCCUUUUGUUGUGAAGCCAAAAAUUUUUGGCAUGACAAUGACUGACAGGGAGUUGGCAUGAUGGCACAGGGAUGUCACCCAAUAGAUCAAGAAUGUCCGGGUGAACAACAACAAUAAUAUUAUUAAUUUAUGUACAGUGGAUAUAAAAAGUCUACAAACCCCUGUUAA